CUUCUUGCUGGUCUGACAGCCACAUGUUUCUCAAGUCACCUGUUUUGACCGUUGAAAUAAAUCCCAAAGAACUCCAGAGAGUCAACUGGUGUCAGCACCCCCCCCUCCACCCCCACCCUCUGGAGAUGGAGUCAGCCUCGGCGUCGGCUCCGGGGGUUGUUGCCAUGGAGAUCCCGGUGCGAGGUGCGCUCCCGGUGGUGGAGGAAGACGAGGGCUACAGCGCGCCUCCUCCCGGGUCCGAGGAGCGACUACGGUACCGUCGAGGAGAAGGGAGACGGCGACGCGGGGUGCCGUUCAACCGGGGCGGCUACUACAUGCUGAUAGUGAUCGGGGAGAUCGGCACGGAGCACCAGCUGGACACCGCCAGAGCGCAGAUAGAGCAGGGACUUCGAUCCUGGGAUGUUGACCUCGAGUGCUGUGACCUUGUUCAGCAGUUGCAGCUGUUUAUAACUCGUCACUCCGCCCACUUCUCCUCCGAGGUCAAAGGACAGAGAACUCUCCACCACAGAAGCGAUGUCCUAGAGACCGUUGUGCUUGUCAACCCUUCAGAAGACACUGUUGUAUCCGAGAUCCAGUCUUUAGUCACAGACUCUGCAGGACACAAGCUUCUGGUCUUGAGUGGCCAGAGCUCAGAUCACGGUGGCCUUCUUCUUCAAACUGGGGUUUUCACCUACCAGACCUUUUCACGUGUCUUUGCUGAUCCUGGGGUCAGUGAAUUACUGGGCACAACAGCCCCCAAGCAGCAGGCAACACUUACUGUGUCCUGCCGCAGGGAGGUGGGCUGGAGCUGCUUGGGACAGCAGCAGACCUUGCGGGAUUUCCUGGAAUACAAACUAAAUCCUGAACCUGUUCUCCCCAAGAUGGAGGGCGUCACCGAGUUCACAGAGUACAUCUCUGAGACGGUCGACGUCCCUUCACCUUUUGACCUCCUGGAACCACCAACCUCUGGAGGCUUCCUGAAACUGUCCAAGCCAUGUUGCUACAUCUUUCCUGGUGGACGUGGAGACUCUGCUCUCUUUGCUGUGAAUGGCUUCAACAUCUUAGUGGAUGGAGGAUCUGAACGAAAAUCAUGCUUCUGGAAGCUAGUUCGCCACUUGGACCGCAUUGACUCGAUUCUACUCACACAUAUCGGCGCUGACAAUCUCCCAGGUAUCAAUGGCCUUCUUCAGAGGAAGAUAGCAGAACAGGAGGAGGAGCAGUCUCAAGGCUCCACCAACUAUAGCGACUGGAUGAAGAACUUGAUCUCUCCAGAGCUAGGUGUGGUAUUCUUCAAUGUGCCGGAGAAACUCCGUAUGCCAGAAUCUAAUCUUAAAGUGAAACGCAGCAUCGAAGAGGCCUCACUGACUUUGCAGUAUCUUAACAAAUUAGGAAUCAAGCCGGAGCCUCUCUUUCGAGUUGUCAGCAACACCAUUGAGCCCAUUACUCUGUUCCACAAGAUGGGAGUGGGCAGGUUAGACAUGUAUAUUCUCAAUCCUGUCAAAGACAGUAAAGAAAUGCAAUUUUUAAUGCAGAAGUGGGCUGGCAACAGCAAGGCCAAAACUGGUAUCGUGUUGCCCAACGGGAAAGAAGGAGAAAUAUCUGUGCCCUACCUGACAUCGGUUACAGCCUUGGUCGUCUGGCUUCCCGCCAACCCUGCAGAAAAGAUCGUCAGAGUGCUGUUCCCUGGGAAUGCACCACAAAACAAAAUCCUAGAAGGGCUAGAAAAAUUAAAGCACCUUGACUUCUUGCGCUAUCCUGUAGCCACACAAAAGGACAUUGCCUCAGGAGCUCCUCCCUCUGUUAUAAAACAAACCAAGUUGAAACAAAGAACAGAUAGCAAAGAGAGUCUGAAGUCCUCCCCAAAGACUACUGCAAAGGCGUCAAAGAAAGAAACUGAAGGACAAGAUGAUGUGUCAGCUGCCACAGAGGCAAAGAGUGACUCUGUGAAGGAAAAUAUAUCAGAGAAAAAAGAGGAGAAAAAGCCUACUAAAACUAUCAAAUCUAAAACUGAUCUUCCAGAAAAGAAAAAACUCUUGAAAGACAAAUCCUCAAAAAAACACCCUAAGGACAGGGUGUCAAAAAUGGAUGAGAAAAAGGACAAGGAAAAGAAAGAGAUCAAGAAAGUAAAGAAAGAAGACUCUGCUAAAAAAGAUGAAAAGAAAGAUGUUAAGUCCAAAGAGGACAAAAAGAAGGACACAUCCAAACCUGAACUGAGAAAAAUGACAAAGCCUGACCUAAAACCACUUACACCAGAAGUCAGAAAGACAUUACAUAAAGCUAAAGUGUCUAGUAAAGCCAAGACUGGAAAAAUCAAAGCAGCAAAGGCUGAACCUGCUCAACCGAAGCCAGAAGAGCCAACCCCUGAAACUGUUCAACCUGAACCAAUACAGAAUGGAGCUGUUGAGGGGACUGCUCCCUCAACUCCUGAAGACCUCACCAAGGAUUAUGAAGAACUGAAAAAAGCUGAAGGUGUAGCUGUAACAGCAGAACCACCAGACAGUAAUGAGGUUUCAUUGGAGCCAAUAUCACAAAGGCUUACUGAAGAGAAGCAGGAAGCACAAGAAAACAUAUCUGAAAUUCCACCUGGCACACAGUCUCCAGAAAAGGAGAUAUCAGCCCCAGAAGUGAAAGCUGACUUUGAAGACAAAGACAAGGAGUCAACACAAGAGAGAGAAAUGGAAGAUGCUCAAAAGUUUGAGGAUGAGGGAGCAGCAACUCAGGAUGAGGAAGACGAAGAGGAGGAAGAACAGGCACCAGCUGCUGAAAAGAAAACAGAAGAGGAGGAAGAAGAUAUGGGAAUAGGAGAAGAGGAAGAUGAGGCAAAGGAUGAUGGGCUUGACAGGAAACAUGAGAUAGAAGAAAUGGAGAAAUCAGACAAUCUCUCGGCCAAGGUUGUGACAAAAGAGGAGGAGGACGAGGACGAGGCAGUGGAGAAAGCCGAACUGGAGGAGGUUGAAGAUUUAGAUGUAAUAGCAGAUGAAGAGAUCAAAGUCAAACCUGGAGAUGCAGCUGAAGAACAAAUGAUUACUGAAAGCAAAACCAUGGAAAUUCUGACUGCAGCUGAGGAAGAAGACGAAGAAGAGGAGGAGGGCUACCUGUCACAUGUUGGAGGGGCCACAGCUCCCAUAACCUCAAUAGCUCAUGGAGCCACUGCAGCUGAACCCGUCUCUUACAUACAAGACGAAACCAUCCCCGGCUACUCUGAGACAGAGCAGACCAUCUCUGAUGAGGAGAUUCAUGAGGAAGCAGAGGAGAGGAUACCACACCUUCAGUAUGAUGUCGGUUCCUACGACAUCUCUGUUCCAGAUCAGACUGGAUCCUUUGUAAACAUUCACGGCAUGAGGGAGAUACAAGCUGCGGCCAUGACCGAGAAAAGUUUUAUCCCAGGUGUGCAAGAGCAACUAUCAGUGUUCACCAACAUCAUGACUGCUCCUCUGGCAGAAGAGGAGCAUGUGUCUUCUGCAACAUCCAUCACAGAGUAUGACAAAAUGUCCUCCUUCCCUACUUCAAUCGCUGAAGACCAAUCGGUGGCAUCUGUUACAGCACCUCAAGCUGAGGAACCGCCUAAAACCUCUGUUCCUCUGUCAACCCCACCUGAUGCUGCCCAAGGCAAAGAGCAGCCACUUUCUGCAGGAACUCUUUCACCACCUUCUUUAGAAGACGACAAACCACCUAAGUCUCCAUCUGAUGGCUUACAGCUUCCUGUUGCAGAAGUAAAGGCAGGGACUAAAUCUCCUGAUGUUCAUGAUGAGGAGGAGGAGGAAGAAGAAGAAGAGGACGAAGACCAAACUCCUAAUGUUGACUUUUCACUUGAAAAACUCCAAGAGGGCUAUGCCUCAUCCCAAUUAUUACAGGGUCAAGAGAAAGAUACUGAAACACUCACUGGCUCUGUGUCUCCAGUUUCAACAUCUAUAGACACUAAACCAGUCCACCUACCAGUUGAAGAGGAAAAUAUAGAUGCAAUUGCACCUAAAGAUAUUUCCUCUGUUGUGCCUACUAGACCGUUUGGAUCAGACUCAGUGACUUCAGAGAGUGAAGAGCGCUGCUUUAGUCCGGAUGAUAUCACUGUGAAAAUGGCCUCCCCUCCACACUCCGGGCCCCCGAGUGUGGCUCACUCUCCACUUCGACAGUCACCAGUGGAAGACAAGAUGAAGGUGUUUCCUGAUUUGGAGCUGCAAAAGCAAGACAAGCUCCUCGAUGUAGUCACAGCAACUGAAGAUAAAACAAAAAAGAAAGAUAAAGCAGAAACAGAGACACAAAAAGAUUUUGACAAACAGAAAGCAGAUCAGCAUGAAGUAGAAGUUUCAACAUCUUUGGACAAAUCGUUUGAGAAGGACAUCAAAGAGUUUUCCGAAAAAGAUGAAGGCAACCGGGCAGAAACAAUUCCUGUUUUUGCUGCGUCUUUAACAGAAGUUCAGCCGCCAGUGUUAGGGAGUGAUUCCCUCGUCUCAUCUGGACAAAGUUAUGAAGAGGUUGACAAAGGGCUCAAAGAGAAAGAAUCUAAAGUGCCUGUUUCAGGUAAAUUUCCGGAGAGGGAGAGUUAUUUCCAGGACGACAAUGAUUCCAAGAAAGAUGAUGAUGAUGAUGAUCAAGAUGAUAAAUCUGCAGUUAAAACCGCCCAGGUGGAACAGGAGAAACACAUGGACGAAACCUCUGAUGUGAUACACACCAAAGAUGAGGAAAAACAGAAAACUGUCAUCCAGGAAGACGUUUCGGCUGUUAAGUGCAUCACGGAUGAGAAAGCAGAGAAACAGGCAGUAAAGGAUGACACCUCUGAUAUUAAACCUAUCAAAGAGGAGCAAAUUGCAAAGGACAUUGUCACUGUUGAUAGAGCCAUUAAAGAUGAACAGAAAGAGCCUGAAGCCAUGGAAAUUUUAGAAGUUGUUUCUGAGGCCAAACAAAUCAAAGAUGAGGAGAAGCAGAAAGAUACAAAAAAAGAUGAGUUUGACCUCAAAACCAAAAGUGAGGUAAAGGACACAGAGGUUAAAAAGGAUGAUGUGACUGAUAAUAAGAUUUUGAAAGAGGAGGAGGAGAAGAAGGAGACAGACAAGGAUGAUAUAAAAACUGAAAAGGAAGAGAUCCACAUCACAGAUAUCAAGCCUGUUAAAGACGAGAUGGAGAAAGAGGCAAAGAAGGACGAUAUGCCCACUAUUGAGCCUACUACAGAUGAGAAGAAAACGGCGAUAGAAACAUCUGAAAUGAAAGUGGUUGAAGAUAAGAAAGAAGAAAAAGAGAUGGAAAAGAUGGACUCUUCUGCUACCAAGCCUUUUACAGAUGAGCAAAAGGAAAAAGAUGUGUGUGACAUUGCUGCUAAACUCACCAAAGAAGAAGAAAUGAUUAGUAAGGGUGAGAUGUCUGCUGUUAUCAUAAAAGAAGAAAAGAGGCAAGAUAUUUGUAAAGAUGCUAUCUCAACCAUCAGCCUCACCAAGGUGGAGGGAAAGGAUGAAACAGUGAUUAAAGAUGAGAUUCUUGCUGCCAAGCCAACCACAGAGCAAGAAAAAGAGACAAGUAAAGAUGAUAGUUGUGACAUCAAGGAGCAGAAGAAAGAUAUGACAAGCAAGGAUGAUGGAUACAUUUUCGAACCUACUAUAGGAGAAGACAAGAAAGAAGACAUAAGUAGAGAUGAUAAAGAGAUAAAACUUACCAAGGAAGAGGAAAAAGAUGAACUGCCAAGUAAGCAAGAUACUUUGGCGGUUAAACCAACAGUUGGAGAAGAAAAGGAACAAGAGGAAAGUAAAGAUGAUUCAGCUGCCAUCAAACUUAGCAAGAUGGAGGAAGAGCAUGUAAUAAUAUGUAAAGAUGAUGAUUUUUCUGCCACGUCAAUCAAGGUAGAAGCAAAAGAGACACUUCAGGAUUCUGUCAAACCAGUCAAGGAGGAAGAAAAGGGGCGAGAAACAACUAAAGAUGAAGAUGUCACUUCUCCUGUCAAACCUGCCCAGAUAGAGGAAGAUGACGUAAUGAAGAGCAAAGAUAUUUCCGCUGUCAAAGCACCCAAGGACGAAACAAGCACAAAGGAUGAUACUUUUCUUGCUAAAGCCACUGUGCAAGACGAAAAAGAGAAAGAAAUCAGUAAAGAUAUUUGUGCUGUCAAACCAACUACAGAAGACGAAAAAGAGAAAGAAAUCAGUAAAGAUAUUUGUGCUGUCAAACCAACUAUAGAAGACGAAAAAGAGAAAGAAAUCAGUAAAGAUAUUUGUGCUGUCAAACCAACUAUAGAAGACGAAAAAGAGAAAGAAAUCAGUAAAGAUAUUUGUGCUGUCAAACCAACUAUAGAAGACGAAAAAGAGAAAGAAAUCAGUAAAGAUAUUUGUGCUGUCAAACCAACUAUAGAAGACGAAAAUGAGAAAGCAAUAGAUCAGGAGGAAACUUUCACUGUGAAACCACCCAAGGAGGAGGAAGUGUCAAUUAAGAAUCAUAUUGUUGCUGUCGAACCCAUCAAGGAUGAAAAAGAUACAGUGACAAUUUCAGAUGAAAUUUCUGGUAUGAAACCUACCAAGGAGGGGAAAAGCGAAGACGCUGCUGGUGUAAAACCACUUGCUGAUGAGGAAAAGAAGGUAGAGCUGAAAGAUAUUACAUCUGAUAUAAAACCCAUCAUGGAGGAGGCAAAAGAAAUCCCCAAGGACACAAUUUAUUAUGAAGAAAUUAAGGUCAAAGAGGAAGAAAUGGAAAAAAAGAGUGAAAUUUCUGAUUUUGUAUCCAUUAAGGAGCAGAAAGAAAAUAACACAGAUGAUACUUCUGUCAAAACGAUGAAGGUUGACAAAGAGGUGGAAAAAAGUGACAUUUCUGAUUUUGUAUCAAUUAAGGAGCAGAAGGAAAAUGACAUAGAUGAUACUUCUGUCAAAACGAUGAAGGUUGACAAAGAGGUGGAAAAAAGUGACAUUUCUGAUUUUGUAUCCAUUAAGGAGCAGAAGGAAAAUGACAUAGAUGAUACUUCUUUGAAAACCUUGAAGGAUGACAAAAAGGAAAAAAGUGACAUUUCUGACAAACAGAUACAAAUGCAGGAGAUGGGUGAUAUCUCUGACCACAGACCCAUUUUGGAGGAUAUUAAGGAUAAAGAAACAGAAAAGGAUGACACAAAAAAGGAGAAAGAAACAGACUCCAGUGUUGAGCAACCCAAGGGUGUGAAAGAGCAAGAACCGUCUAAAGUUGAAACCAUCAAGGAGGAAAUGAAAGAUGUAGUAAAACAGGGCAGUCAUGAACCUGAAUCAGUCAAACAGGAGACAGAUGACAAGAAAGAGGUAGAGCUGCCUGUGUCCCAGACCUUGGAAGAGUUGAAAACUAAAAACGAUGAUAUUUGUGAUGUUAGUGAUAAGCAUAUACAUGAAGAAACCUCUGAUAAGCUUACUGGAACUCAGACAGAGAAGGAAACUUUUGGCGCUACAUCAACAGAAAUGCAGCACGACACUUCUGUAACUACAUCAAGUGAAGACCUGAAACCAGUGAAAGUUGACAUUUGUGUGGCUCCCAGCCACGUCGAGGAGAAAAAAGAACAAGAUGAAGAAGGGAAGAUCAGUGUUACUCAAGGAGAGAAGAUGGAGAAAGAAAAAGAUGAUGCACAUGUUGCUGAACUGAGCAAAGAACAAAAAAUGGAAAAAGAACAAGAAAAAGAAUACACCUAUGGGACUGAAGACAUCAAAGAUGAAAAGACAAAACCAGAAGAGGAUGAAAAUAUGAUUAAAGAAAAGGAUGUUGCUGAGAAGAAGACAGAUGACAUAACUGAGAAAGAAACAUAUGACUCCUCUGAUGCAGACCACACCAAAGAAGAGAAAUGGGAGAGAGAGGAAUUACAAGAGAAAGACCUGGAUAAAGCCAUUAAACAACCUGCAGAGACCGUAUUAGGAGAAGCAGCAAUGGCAUCCAAGUCAGAUUACAAACCUCCAUUUGUGGUUCAGUCCUCCGAUGAGGACAGAGAAGAUGAAGAGGAAGAGGAAGAUAUUUGUAUGGGAGGAGCAGGCUCCAGACCUUUGUCAGUGGAGCCAAGGAAAUCAGAACAAGAUAUCUCCUCUGCAGGUUUGCCCUCAUCCCAAACUCUACAGACAAAUGACCAAACUAAACCACCAAUAUCAGAACAUACCACAGUGACCAUACCAACUCUUACAAUGCAGGAGCCCUCCAUUGAUGAGGACAUAAAAGAGUUUGGCAAAGAAGAAUCCAGACUUUCACUUGAAGCGGGCAAAGAUGCUGUGACAAAAGAAACCACACCUGCACCACUUGCAAAACCAGAGCCCUCCUUUGAUAUUGUCACAUCAAAGGAGGAGUCGACUUCCGUUUCUAAACAAGAAACAGCUUCUGAUAUCCCAGCAGCUAAAGCAGAACCAAUGUCAGACUCAACUGAGAAAAAGCCUGUGUUGUCAGCAAUAUCAAGCAGUGACAGUCAACCGAAGAGCUGUACACUUUCGAGUACUGAGAGCCAGUCCAGUGUGGAGGAAACACCACAGCAAGAGAAACAGAUAUGGUCUCAGACAAGCUCAGGAGUCAGUGCUACAGAAAAGACAAAACUGGAUGAAAAACCAGAGAAGGAAGCAGAGAGGGAGAUGGAGGGAGAGAGAGAGGUGGCUUCUCCAGGAUUAUCACAGACUUGCUCAUAUUUUAUGUUGGACAAAGAAGAUGGCAGCCACUCUGAAACUGUAAAAUCAGACACUGAAAAAAUGGAGAUUGUUGAUAAAAUGUCAGAAAAGGAAACAGUCAGUGGAAGCCCCGGAGAUGAAAAGCAAACCUUUGGUGCAUCCAAGUACGAUCCGUAUGAAAAGCCCAUUCCAAAGGAUCAUGACUCAGACUCUCGAGAAGAAAGUGAGGUUUCUUUAGGUUUUGAUCAUGCCUCUGAUAUGGGUAUUGAUGAUAACAGAAGAACAAGCCAGACAGAUGUUGGAGGAGCCAUGUUCCUCCUGGAUGAUCAGUACAAAGAAGAGCCUCUGUCCUUUAGUAGAGUCGACUACAGCCCAGUGUCCCUCACAGAGAGCGAAAGAAGCAGCCGCCACAGUCAAAGUGCCUCGCCUAAAUAUGAAGACAGAGAGAAAGGCCAAGAGGAAGAGAGGGAGAGAGAAGAAAGACCGGAUACACCUUAUGUUGACAACAUGUCAUCCAUAGACAUGCAGGAUAACAAAAUGUCACAAGCUGCUGACUCAUUUUCUUUCAGUUCCAAAGAGGACAAACCUGAGAAAUCAGAGAAAGAGAAAGAGGAUAUGACUGAAGGUGCUGCAGCAGCUUUUCAAACAGGUGCAACAGGAGAAAGUGAUAAGUUUUCUACCAGUGCUGCUGCAGCAGGGGUUUCAUUAAGACAAGAAACACCCUCUCCGUCAUGGAAUCAGUCAGACCUCGGUCCCCAAGUUUCAACUACUCCUGUGGCUUUUGAAAAGAGAACAGAAAAAGACAAAGAAAAAUCAGCUGAGUCGCUCAAAGACAAAAUGGAGGCCUCUGACCAUGAAAGAGAAGGAUCUUCAUCUGGUCGGCAUUCACCUGCAGAAAAAGACAUUUUACCUCAACAAGCAUCACCUUCAGAGAAAGAAGAAACGUCAAGUGAUCUGCGGACUUCAGCUGCUGCCACAUUUUUACAUGAAAUAGAUGACAAUGUUUUGGCAUCUGACAAUAGUCAAAUUAGCAGCUCUGCCACUUGUAAAGCCAUGUUAGACUUUCCUGAAGGAAAAGAGAGUCUGAUUGAUAAAAGGUUACUUGUAGAGGGUGAAGAUUUUAAUGUUGAUGAUGAUGAAGACGAAGAUGAGGAGGAGGAAGAGGAGGAGGAAGAGGAGGAGGAGUUAAGUGAUAUAGAUAUGGAAAAGGGUGCCAGAGAACAGUCUGAAAAAGAAAUGUGCAGACGUAGCUCUGAUGAUAGUGCUACGUUAUCAGAGGUAGAAGACUCAAAUAAAAAGUCCCAGUUGCCUGAGUCAAGCUCUCCUAAAGAGGAAACAGUCUGUAAACCAACACCUGAUGAUACCUCAGCUUCUAAAGUCACAGAGACAGAUAAGCAGGAUGUGAACAAAAAAACACCAUCUCCUGAAACAAAACCACUCAAAGAUGAUGAUACAACUGACGACACAUCCACAUCCAAGCUUCCUGGGACAUGGAGUGAAGAUGUUGCUGAAACAACUCUGUCACCAGACCCAAGUGCUCACAAAUUGGACGAAAGCUGUUUCACUACAUCAGAUGCCCCAAAACCUUCUGAAACAAAAAAAGCAGAGGACACAGGCAAAAAGCAUUUGUCUCCUGAACCAACCACAGAGAGAAGGUUGUCAUCCGCAGGGGAUGUUACCUCCUCUGAAGAAGUAGAGUCAAAAAAAGGAGAUGACGGCCAAUUGUCUCAAUCGCCAAGCUUUUUGACAAAGGAAACUAGUCAACCAAUGUCCACAAGCAGCUUGACAGGCAGCUAUUUGCCACCUGACCAUUCAGAGUCCAUGUCCAAGACUACGUCUAGUCCCUCCCCUCCACUAAGAGGUAGCUAUGCCGAUAUCGGACAGAGCAGAUCUGGAGGUUAUUCUGAGCAUUUUUACAGUGAGGAGAGUCAAGAAGGAUUGAAGGAGGAUAAGAAGGAAACCCAUCAAUCCAAGCAAAGCGAUGAUAAAUAUUACAGCCAAAGAGACACCCAAGAAGAAAGUCUAGAUGAGAGGCAGACCCCAGAUAUCACUGAAAGACAUGAGGAAACUACCUCCUCAGCUUGCACAUACACUACCUUAACAUACUCGUCCACAUCGUACAGUUACUCGUCCUCAGCCUCAACUUCUGCCCCUCUGAGCCAGAAGUUUGGAGACUCUGAAGUAACUCUGGCCAAAGAGGAGCCAUCGUUCACGACAGAGUCUACAAGCUCCUGCUUUGGAGGGUUUCAGAGAGAUGAGUACAUGGAGGUUUCAGCGAAACCUACAACAAAAGUGUCUUUACCCAGCCAGUUUGAUGAGACCAAACCAUCAUCUCCAGUCUCGUCUACCACUGCCAAAGAGACUGAGGAUCAAAGUGAUUCUGCAAAGCCUGAAACGUAUACAAAGUCAAGCACUGAUAGUUCCUCUAUGCUAGAAACUAAGAUGACAACAUCCGCCGCAGCACCAUUCCUACAAAGUACCGAACCAGCAAAGGUGUCAGAGAGUUUAUCCAUGUCAGAGUCUUGCUUUGAUGUUUCUCCCCUCCAAAGGGCUGACUACUCUGACAGGGUGUCCGGAGGGUCAGCAGAAGAUGAGGAGCCUGAUACACUUGAAAUGGAGGACAGCACCCUACCAUGUCGUAUUGAAUGUCAAAAAAUCAAAGUGGCUGAGCAAAAAGAAACCUUUUCACCAAUAGCUGGGUCAUAUGUAGUAGAAAGCACCAUACACUCCACAGAGACAAAGACGGUCACCAUCACCUCUACUACCAUUGUGUCUAAACCUGACAUGGUGAUGGAAACAACUCAAUCGACAGCCUCAGCUACUCCAUUGAGUGAUAGUGGAGCUAGCAAAACCACAUGUGCCACGACAGAUGUGUCCAAAACAGAUGAGGAUAAAGAAAAAAAGGAGAAAACACUGGAGAUAAAAGAGGAAAAGACAAAUGGAGCAAUUGCAUCCUUAAAGGGAGAUCCAAAGGUGUCCGAAAAAGAAACAAAAGAAAAGGAUGAAAAGACAGAUCCUGCUAAAGACAGUGAAGUCAAGCAGGAAAUGAAACUGGAGGAACACACAUGUAAAGACAGCACAGAGGAGAUGAAGGCAACAGCAGAUCCAAAAAUGUGUGAAAAAGUAGAAGAUGGAAAGAAAGGAGAGGCAGAAAAAGUAGAAGAUAAAAGCUUUUUGGAUAAGCCACCAGAGAGACUAGAGGUCAGGAGAAAGAGCAGUAUAUCGGAUUGGGAGCUACUACAGAGGCCUGACGACUGUCCUAGUACCCCUCCUCCAGGUUUUGGUGAUGAUGAAGAGGAAGAGGAUGAGGAAGCAAUGGAAGCAAUGGAAUGGAUGGCCACUGUCCACAGUACCGCUAUGUCCUCCUCACAAGAUACCUUUCAGACAGAAACAUCAGGCAAAGGAGGCGUAAAGGCCGAUCGUCCCUCUGACCUGAACACGGGAGCCACCUCCUCCUCUGCCUCCCAUUCAGGCUACUCCUCCUGCGAAUAUAAACACCGCAAAGGAGAACUUUCUCCAUCGUUCAUCAACCCCAGCCCUCAUCAGCUCUCCAGUGACGAGGGUGAGGGGGACGGCCGCAGUGACCACUCCCAGGAAGGCGACGAGGAUGAUCAGGAGCAACACUCUGUGAAAAGGAGGUCGCACAAGCAGAGACGCCACCACACUGAGAGUUACCAUGGAGAUGCUGGGCAGGGGCCACACCAGCUGCCCGGCGCCAUGUCAUCUGGUUUGGCGGUGACGUUGGCUGGAGAGGAAACACCUCCAACAUCAGUGAGUGACUCGUUGCCUUCACAGUCUGAUUCUGACGUCCCUCCAGAAACUGAGGAGUGUCCGUCCAUAACAGCUGAAGGAAAUCUGGACUCAGACGAAGAUGCUGAACACCUGCCGGUGGACAAAUUAUCUGCAUCUGGAGCUGGUGGGGGUCACCAUCCUCCAUCACCAAGGUCAGCUCAGAAAACUCAUGAUCCUCCCCCCACCCCCCUGAAGGACCCUCAUCCCCACCCCCCCCAACCAGAUGUGUGCAUGGUAGAUCCAGAGGCCCUUCUCAAUGACCACAGCAGCACAGAGAAACUUCUUAAGAAGGAGCACAAGACCACCAAGGGCCUCAGAAAGGGUAAACCAAAGUCAGCCUCCCCUGCUCGUAAAGGGGAAGUCAGGAAGAGGUCCACUACUCCAGUGAAGCAGACUUCCAAGGACUCCGCCUCACCUCGAUCAGCCUCCCUCAAGAGGAAGGACACAGAUAGAAGCUCCAAGCUGAUCAAAAUGUCGGAGACCCAAGGCUCCAGGAGUGAGAUCCUCAACCCGGGGAAAGGCUUGGUCAAUGGUGUCAAAAGCAGUUCAGCUAACAACUCCCAGAAAACUGGCUCAGCCGUCCCACCCGGACCACCCGUCUACGUCGACCUGGCCUAUGUGCCCAACCACUGCAGUGCCAAGAACGUCGACCAGGAAUUCUUCAAGAGAGUGCGAGCUGCGUACUAUGUGGUGAGCGGGAACGACCCAGGCAGCGGAGAACCUAGCCGCGGAGUCCUGGACGCCCUGCUGGAGGGCAAAGCUCAGUGGGGUUCCAAUUUACAGGUGACUCUGAUCCCAACCCACGACACAGAGGUGACCCGGGACUGGUACCAGCAGACCCACGAGAGGCAGCAGGACCUGAACAUCAUGGUUCUGGCCUCCAGCAGCACCGUAGUCAUGCAGGACGAGUCCUUCCCUGCCUGCAAGAUAGAGUUCUGAGCUUCAGGAGCCCUUCUGUGCUUUCCCCUCUCCAAUCCUCCCCCUCCCUGUCAUCUGUUCUAACUGGACGUAGAGUGAGAGCGAACAGCACUCUCUGCUUCUUCAAAGCUUCUCGCUCUGUCUGUCUGUACCAGUCUCAAAUACAUUUGCUGCAGCCCUCAAUACACUAGAUUCUGUUAGCUGAAAUCAAAGUCAAAGCUCUGGGUUUAUGCCCUCUGUGACAGUGGGCUUACCACGCACAACGAUAACCUACUUUCAUGUUUGUUUUCCUCUGUGAGUUAAACGUCUGCCCUAACACACCUCUUAUACUAGUACUAACAAUUGUGAAUAAAAAUACAAAUCAUUUCCAGUAACGAUCACACUUUGCCUCACAGCUUACAGAAGAAUUGACAUCAAGUGUCCCACAAAUGCAUAAUGCCACAGUUAAACUAUAUAUUAGUAAUGUGAAGUCCUUAAACUGUUGAUUCAAAUCAGAAUUAACUUGGAAAUUAAAUACUCCCAUGUCGCAAAUUUCUCAUCCAGAGGGCCAAAACAAGUGCCAAAACACUGUUUAAAACAGAAAUUCAUAUAUGUUAACUUCUCCAAAAUGUCUCCUAAAUAAAUCAGAGAUCAAUAAUUUGUUUAGAUUGUACACAGUAUUUUUAGAAGAGUAGAAAUUUCUGUUUCUUAAUUUGAAGCUUUCUUUUCCAUCAGUGCACAUGACAAAACUCUCCUUUGCAAUUCUGCUCACGCUACAGUAGUUUUUGGAUUAACUCAAUAAUGACAAAUUGAUGUUAUGUAAAGAAAAACAAACAAAAAAACACGUUCCUUCUUGUCAUUUGUGGUGAAGUUUUAGGAGGUGCCUGAAGUUGCCACAGUUUGAAAUCUUUCUUCUCGGCUUUCACAGCUUCGCUGGUGCAUGAUGCUUGCGUUUUAGCUCGGACUCUUUCAGAAGUGCAUAGGGUUAAAUAAUUUCUUUAGCCAGCCUUCAAGUGUGGAAUGCAGUAUAGUGUAGAUAGGUUACGACUCUGUUUGGCUGUCUAUGCUCAAGUGAAUUCAAUAGGCGCCAGGCAAAGGGACGACGUUUGUACUAAUCAUAUCUCUGCUGGAUGUAACGGUUCCUCUUUAAGUCUUAAUCAUGGUCUUUGUUUGUUGUAUGUACUCCAGUAUACGUAUAGGGUAAAUGUUUCUAUAUCAAUACAGAGGUUAUGUUAAAUAAAUGAUAUAUUUUGUGAUGAUGCCGCAAAUUAUGAUCCUUUAAGCGAAUGCAGCGUUUUUGAUCAUGUAUUUGAGAAGAAGGUUUAAUUUACAUUUCAAUGUCAUUUGCUCCUGUUCAGCUACAUUUUACCGUCUCUGUCAAUAUCACAAAGUGAUGGAACAAAACAAGCAGUGACCUGUGACAAAUGUAGCAAUGGAAGCUCAUCCGCUAGUCCCUUCAGAGGGAAAGUUAUGGCAGGGGGAGCUGCAAUAUUUAUAUAUAUUAUUGAUGUGUGAGAGGAGGCUUCCUUUAUGUGCCUUUAGCUUGUGGUUUUGGAGAGAGGGGCACAUUUUAAGGACAUGUCAGCCAUUUUGAAGCAGAGCCAGAAAGCAGGGUAAAUCAAAGAAAGUACACGACUUUGAAAUAGAGGACCAAUCAGUUCCCAGAGUACGCACACAAACCUUAUCUACACACACGAUACUCUGAAAUAGUACACUUACAUGUACUUACGUACAUUGAUAUAACUUUGGAGCUCUGUAAUCGACAUUCUGAAAUGCCACUUUAAAACCAAUAUGAAUGUCUUUUCGCAAGGUAUUGCACCAAAUAAGAAUUAUUUUUUCUGACGUCGGAGAGGAGUGGGAGACAGAUUUUCAUUUGUAGUUGAAGCACAGAGAGCUAGAGUAGUAGCAGAAAAUAACUUUUCAUUGUAAUAUAAAAGAUGUUCCUCCAAACUGAGCUUGCAGUAAGCAAGGGACAACAUCUUAAUAUAAAGCAUUAUCAAAUAUUAAUCCCAGAGUAAUAUUUAUAGAAUGUGCAUGAAUGAGAUGACCGUGAUUGUACUGGACGCAGUUAUGAAGUAGGAAUGUCUUUGAAGUAGUUUUGUGGGCGUGUGUGUGAGUAAAAGAUACACACUGAGUAGCUGGAUAUUUUUAAAUAACGCAGCUUAGUUUGUUUCUGAUGGUGACCUGGCGAGUGAGUCACAUUCAAUUUACAUGAGGCCAAAUUUUCUUUCUUCAUUUCUUUCAUCAAAUUUUUUAGAGUAAAAAAUCUGUAUUCGCAGUUAACUGUGGUUUCAGUUUUCCCCAAAUUUGUGCUGAGAAGCUAUUCUGAUUAUUUUCUGUUUACAUUUCAUUUUUGUCUAAAUAAGAAAUACAUUUCUGCUAAUAUGGCUCCACAUGCUUGUUAUUUUUGUUUUGUUUUAUUUUGUGAAGAUCUGAUUUGAGGCCAGCGGACAGCUCGGUUGGGCAAAGCAGGGGAGGCUUGGAAUUCGUAGAGAGGACUUUGUUUGAGCUAUAGAUGACAGAUUGAUUGCCAGGAUGUUGCCAACUAAAAGCAGGGAGGAUCCUCUGCUUACACAGUUUAACUUAACUUGAUUCUUUCCCUCCGCCUGGGACCAGUGCCAUUUUUUCCCCCUGUAAAACUCAAUCAUAACACUCGCACUACCCUAUACCUCAUCUUCCAAAGCCUCCGUGCUCUUUGCUCUGCCUGGCCUCCGUUAGUUUGAAAUCCCAAGGUUAUACUUGUCCAUUAUGCACUGUGUAAGAGGCCGAUAUAGCUUUCUUUAUCCCACUGGGGAGAAUAUGAGUUUGAUGCAGCUGGGAACGCACAAGUACACACAUAUCCUAGUGUGGAGGGAGUUGAUUAACUGAAUGGCACAUUACGACGUGCACACUGAGGGGACAGUGAAGGUUCAAAAUAACUCCCUUGAAAAGUGAAAACAGUUCAUGCCUAAAUGUUCGAUCAAGCAAAAAGUCCUUUUUACCCCUUCUUCAAUGUAUGGAUCAGAUUGUGCGGAUGGUCUGAAAUGUUGUACUGUGUUUAAAUAAUGUUUUUAAGUUGGCAGAUUCCAAAUACCCGGCCUUGAGAUUUUCAAGGCGUCAGUAGCAUGCUGUGAAUCACUAAAUACUGAACUGUGUGAUAUACAGAAGCUGAAUGCACUAUACAGGAGAUCUAUUUUUCUGAAUGUAGAGUUGGUACUACCAUGCGAAUGCUGCUGGAACAAAACAAUGGACAAAAAAAACUAAAACUAAAAACAAACAAACAAAAAAAAAACAUUCACACCAACCUAGACUGUAAUAAAUUUUAGGGAGCACAGAUUGUGGGGCGGAUACUGGUUUGACAUUUUUGGAGGAGACAAGUUUGACUCAACUUGUCAGAGAGCAACUGAAAUCCCAUAACGUAAAUAUUAACAGUAACACAGAAAUAGUACUAACUGCAGCUGCAACUUUUUCCUUUUCCUGAAUAUGACUUGAAACACAUGCAGACUCAAAAACCAUCAAUAAAAUUAAACAAACGCUACAUGUACAUGUAUGUACUGUACACAGAUUUGUACAUAUCGCUCUGGAAAGAACAAAUCUGAAAAAUAUAACAAUCCUUCUUGUGAUAACUGUUUGUUUUAGCUGAUUUUAGUGAUGGUAUGAUCAAAACUGCUAACUAGUCCUUGAACCAAGAAAACUACACAAAACGCUGACAAGAUACAGAAUGAAAAAAGUGCAUCUUUCAGUUGAAUUUCAUCGACGUACCUGCAUUAAUAUGAAAAUAUCAUUUGAUCACAAUAUGGUGUCAUCUGUCCAUCUAAUCUCUCUGCAUGUGAUUUAUUUAGUUAUAAUCCUGAAUGUAAUUGUUUAACAUGGAAAUAAUAAUAAAAAAUACAAUGCUAUUUUAAAGAGGUAUAUUUGAAAAAAGCUAAUUGUCUUAACUGGUACUGAAAUGACCUACAGUAAUAUAAUACUGGGCUGUGCUUUUAUUGUUUGACCUAUUAACAUGUUGUUAAGAAGACGCUGUAUUGGUAGUUCUGUUUGAUUUCUCUCUCUUUUUUUUUUUUGCAUUGUAUUAAUCUUAGUUAUGUUUUUCUUCCUCAGUGCAAUAUUCAAUAUCUCUCUGUCUCUUUAAUCUAACGGUAAAACUAGAACUACUGCAGAUUCAUUGUAAAAGGGAAACAGCCUGGUGAUCAUCAAUUAAAGUACAUUGAAAUCUAAA